UUUUCUUAAGAAUCAGCAUUGCUGAUUUUGACUACCCUAUUAUAAACUCUUCCGAUGAUUUAGUUAAUAAAAUAAAAGUUAAUAACUUUUGGCAAUUAUUCUAGAUUAUUCUAAAUUUAUUUCCCCUCCCGCCUGGAAAGGACAAAAAUCUGAAAAAUAUUAAUACAAAAAUAAUAUAUGUACUUGAAGAACAAGUUGAUGGAGCAGAGUCAUGCCAUGCAUUUUAUUUUUUCUGGUCAAAGAAAAACCAAAAUAUCUUAAAAGGCAACACAUGUAAAUGGAAUCAUUAUUAUAUCUAAAUGAACUCGUAAAGAAUUUAUAAUAACCUGAAUUUUAAAUGACCUAGAUUCAGAGUUUCCACUUUAAAACCAGGAAACAAAAAAGGAAUAAACUUUUACAAUAUAAAACGCAAUGUAUUUUGUUGAAAGGAUUGAGUUUUAAAGUGACCACUCUUCAAGAUGGAGAUUUUAAAAAUAAGUUUUGUCUUAAUAAUUUGUAUAUUAGCAAGUGCUAAGUCUGCUUCAGUCAACGGAGAUAACAAUUUAAUACCUGGAUUGAAAGAUCCAAAUUUACCAAAAUCUGAAUCUGAGUUAUCAAAUUUAAUAAAAACAAGAUCUGGCGAUGGAGUAACUCAAUUAGAUCGAUUUUAUCGUGUUUAUGAAGAUGGAACAAUCGAGUUUAAAUUUGUGCUUAGCAAUGGUGUUGCCCAAUACCAAAAGAUAACUAACAAAGAGGUUAAUGGUAAAAUUAUUCAAGUCUAUGAAGGAUAUCAUUCAGAAUUACUUCCUGAUAAUACAUAUCGAACAACUUAUUAUAUUGCCGAUGAAAAUGGAUUUCGUCGCAUAAGAAGAGAAUUUGACACCAAACCACCAGUGCUGCCUCCAUAUGUUCCAUACGUGCCAAAAUUGAAAAAUUUAUAAUACCUUAUUAUCAAAAAAAUCUUAAAUAUUUUUGGGCUUGAACUAUUAUUGAAAU